UGCGUCAACUUAAAAAAAAGAAAAAUAUUUCUCUCAAACCAUCACCAUAUGCCAGAUCAAUCCGAAUCGCAAUACGCAGCAGCAGUGCACGUUCCGCUCAUAAAGUCACCAGGUCUUCGAGUUCCUCCACUCGUACGAAACUUGUCCUCCUCAUCGACCUAUACUGACUUGCUCGCAGGUGCAUCUACCACCAGACAUCCACCCCUCUCCCUGAUAGCGUUACUCCAUAUGUAUGUACCUCCAACUCUCAAACAAUCUCACUCACGGACAAGCUCACAGUUCGUCUAUCCAUACACACUAGAACCGCACAUACUCACAGUCGAGUCUUCUCGGCGCAUGACACUUGCGGCGCAUACGGCGAGGAGGGAGGCAUAUCUUCGUGCGAGAGAGGAUGAGCAUGAAUGGCGGAGAAAGGAAGCACUCAGGCGUGUUGCACCGGGUUUUGAUCCUACGGCGACGCUUGUGCCUGUUCGUGCUGAAGUUGGCGAGGUUAAGACGGAUGUGAUGGAUCAGCUUGUGGACCAGCUUGCUAAAAUGGAGAAUGACAGUUGA